AGUUGAGUGGCUCAAACGAGGCAUUUUUGUGCCUUGCUAGCUGGCUUUGUGGUGCUGGCUUCGAAAGGAGUGCGGUCCGCAUGGCGGGGGCGAACAUCCCCCUUGCGUCGCCCGGGAGACCUGCCAGCCGAGUGAUCACUCAAAGCCCGGCGGUGGGUUUCCGGGCAAUGCUGCCCGGCUAUGCUGUGAACGGUGGAAUGGUGACCAUCGCACGCAACACCAAGUCUAUGUGUGACCUGUCACAAGUUUCCUUUGGGGGCCGUGCUCGUUCGCCACCGCCUAUGCAAGUGAACCUGAGCUACCAGGCAAGCCCACGCGCCAGCCCCAUGGUUAUGCGAGGCCGUGUGCCAGAGACACAGAUCAGCGCCAAUGUGCCUGGAAAUGCAACUCCCCAGUCUCGACAACUUGGUGCCGCUCCGUCUGACCGAGAACCUGCGGCUCCAUUCCGAGGCACUGUGGCAUCAGGACCGUCCUUGCGUCCUGGCCUAUCGUGUCGGGCGCCACCGUCUGUGCGACAAACAUUCAACCAUGUCCAGACAGCUGCUUGGCCUUCAGCUGUCCGUGCCAGCAGCGCUGAUCGGAGCUCUGCCCACGUCCAGAUUUCAGGAGGCGGUACCGGACCAGCGCGGCAAGUGUCGAGCGCUACGUCAGACUCUUCAUCCCUCCCCUUCUCUUCAGCUCGCAGAAUCAGUGGGGCGACCUUUCCAAAAGGCGCAUCGGCAGUUGCCCCUGUGCACCGGCUUCAGCCCAGCCAUUCGUCUGUUCUGGCGGCUGGCGCGCCGACGUUGCGAGCAAAUCCCAUGCCCAUUCCAGUGCAUGCAGCUGCGGAGCAGCCAGAUGAGGUGAUCCUGCGGCAAGUCACACGCCUGCAGAACUCCUUGAUGCAGCAGAUCGAAAGCACAAAGCAGCAGAUCCAAAGGCAAAGCGCCCAAGCUGGAUUGAAGCAUGUGAACGGGCACAUGCCUUCGCAGGCGGCCGUGCCGAAGCCCAAAGAAGUGGCUCGGCCACUCCCAGAAACGCGCCCCGAGCCACGCCCCGAGCCUGGCGUCGCGGCCGAGCCGGACACGGCGGAGCUGGCAGCCCCACCGGGCCUGGCCCCUCCGGGGAUUGCGCUGAGCAUCGAUGGAACGAUCGCACGGGCGUACUUGAAAGGCUAUAGCCCUUCUGCAGUGGCUGCUGGCAGGAUCCAGCGCGCUUGGCGGCGGAGGCGCAUGAGGAUGGGCAAAAAGGUGGACAAAGAGAGCUUCACCCAGGUCUUCUCAGAUAUUUUAAUGGAGAUCCGGAAGAAGAAGCAGCUGGUGCCGAAGCUCCACCCGGAGCACCACUCCGCCUGCCGGAUCCAGCGUGCCUGGAAGAUGAGCCGCUGGCGCCGCGUGUUCGUAACUGACUGCAAGCGCGACCUGGGCUGGCUGGGAUCCUUGGACUGGCUUCAGCGACACAGCAUGCUGUACGGUACCGAGCUGGCUGAGCCGGAGGACCUGGAUUGGUGGUACCAUCAGCAGUCUGGCGCCCCGUUGGACUAUGAGGUUGACCCUUGGGGCUGCAAGAAGCUGCGGGAGCACUUGAACAGGAUGUGGUUUGGCUGCUUGCCGCAGCCCAACGAGCCCUUCCUGGAGGCAAAGCCGGAGAAGGACGCGCCGCGCGCAAAUGCCCGCGCGGCGCAGACCAACCCCCCCAUGCCUGUGGCGCCGGCACAGCACAGCCACGUGCUUGAGAAGGUGCCGAAAAAGAGCAUUCCGGCGAGUACUGUUACACUGGGGCGCCUGGGGCGCAGCUUGCUGGCGCCCGCCAUGCCCGCGAGCCGCGCGACCAUGGCAGCCAUUUCGCCUCGUGUGGAGGGGCGCCAGAUGCUCAGUGCCUCAGCGGUGACGUUGCACAGAUGCCCUUCGCCCACGAGGGCGCCGAUGGUGAGCCGCAUGGCCCCCCCGCCGGUGGCAAUGGCACAGGUGCCAUGCUCUCUGGCAACGGGCCUUGGCAGAGCAGCCAAGGCGCCGCGCUUUCCAGUGGGUCAAGUCCGUCGAGGCAGCCUGCAGGCAUCGCCGCGCUGCUGCAUGUUUCCCAACGGCCCCCGGAAUGUUGGACACUCCCUCAGAGGGGCUGAGGAUCGUGCAUCUGGGCCAUGCUUGGCUGCCAACUGUUAACAAAAGAACGUCGAACUCGGUCCCAAAGAUGGUUUGGCAAAUGCGCUGAGUGGCAAAGCACAAGCCUGCUGCAAAGCGGCCGCGAUUUGGAGAUCUGCCAGCCUGGACCGGGUGGAAUUAAAGCAGGGGCUGGCUGUUCCAUCUGCAUGGGCAGAGGUUUCCGCACUCCAGAGGCCU